AUGUCUCUACUUGCGUGCCUUCCGCUUGCCGAGCGCCUUGUCGGAGGAUGCACCUGGCGAGCUGCGCGUCGAGCGCGAGCCAGGCGACGCCGGCGAAGCUGCACGUACCGCGGCGCCAACUUUGACUCGCGCCGCCUCGACGAGGCGGGCCACCGUUUCGAUGAAAGCGUCGGCGCCGGCGGCGUCGCUCUCGAAGAGCUCGCCGCGCUCGUUCUCGUCGAAGUCGUAGGCGCCGGCGCAGGAGCAGCCGCAGUCGUCGUCGCCGCCUUCUUUGCAGCGCGUGCCUCUCUCGCCUCCCUGGCGCGCUUCUCCAAGAAGUCGGGGUUCUCUCGCUUCUGCUUGUCGUACCACGACUCGUCGGACCCCGACUCUCGCGUCGCUAUUUCGCUCGACCGCGUCGCUGAGGCGCCCACGGACGCGGGUGCCUGGGAGGCGCUGACAGCAGAGCUCUCGCAAGACGGCGACUGGGAGGAGGCUCUGCUCGCCGCCGUCCCCGCCACGCUGCUCGGCGAUAGCUCGGACACAAUCGCCCGCGCUUUGCGGCGGGGCGCCGCCGCCUUGCUCCCAAAGGGGUGGGUCCACGCUGCCAACUCGAGCGCCAAAUGGUGCUCACGCGCCCUUGCCGACUGCACCGCCACGGCCGACGGCGUCACCGUGCUCUGCGCUGCAGCCGCUGCAGCCGCUGCUGGCGAACGCGCUCCGCGCGCACUCUCUCGGCACCCGACUCAGCUUUGA